CAAGGAGGAAAAAUAAUAUUUGCUGUGUCAGAUUUCCCGGAGCUAUUUGAGAUUUCUAAAAAGAAUAUAGAGAUGUAAACAAAAAAGCAGCAGCAUGGGAACUUGCUGGCGCCAGAGUAAACAUAUAGGAGAGAACGUCAGGUUCCCAACAAGUUCCAGUUAUCUCUACUUCCUGUUCUGUCCGACUCUCAUCUACAGAGAAUCAUAUCCCAGGAACACACACAUUAGGUGGAAGUACGUUGCCGUUACUCUGACCAUGAUCUUUGGCUGCCUCUUUUAUGGCUACUUCAUCCUGGUGCGCCUCUGUGUGCCCGUCUUCACGUCCGACACCAACCAGCCUUUUAGUAAACGAGCCAUGGUUCUCGCUGUCUUCCACUCAAUACUACCAGGUAUAAUGCUGCUGCUGUUAUGCUUCUUCGCCUUCCUCCACUGCUGGCUCAACCUCUUUGGGGAGCUUCUUCGUUUUGCCGACAGAAUGUUCUACAAGGACUGGUGGAACUCCACGUCUUUUGCCAACUACUACCGCACAUGGAAUGUGGUGGUUCAUGACUGGUUGUAUUACUACGGCUACAGGGACUUCCUCUGGCUGUCAAAAAGAAAAUUCCGGACAGCUGCCAUGCUGUCCGUCUUCAUCGUGUCUGCCAUCGUGCACGAGUACGCAUUGGCCAUGGGCUUUGGCUUCUUCUAUCCUGUCAUGUUUGUCCUCUUUGCCAUCUUUGGAGUGGUGUUCAACUUCACCAUGAACGACAAGCGACAGAGCCCCGUGUUCAACAUCAUCAUGUGGGCGUGUCUCUUCCUGGGCCAAGGCGUGCAGGUGUGCCUCUACUGUCAGGAGUGGUACGCCCAGAUACGAUGUCCUCGCACUGGGAAUAGUGUUUGGGAGUUGGUGACGCCUCGCUCGUGGUCGUGCAAAAGAUGAAGCACAAACUCCAGACCUUACGGACUGAAACCGUGAUGCAAGGAAUCAGUUGUCUUCUCCUCGUCGCACCGCAAAGACUUUGGAAUUUGUCCUUCAAUGUAAGUAUGCAGUAUGUCAGAAAAGUCAGACACCCCUCACAUGUCUCCAAGUGAAGAAACGACACUGACGCAAUAUAGUCAGCCUACAGCUUGGAUCACAAAGUAAGUCCACACACAGCCAAUCAUGUCUAAACGGCUGGCAACAACAGUGAGUAAUCCCUUUGCACGUCCAAUUUCACGGCUUCACUCUUUUCAAAACUCUAGUGUUUCAUGGUUGAAUACGGCCUAUUAUUUGUCCGAAAUAUGCAUAUUUAAGCAAAUUGUAUGUAUUUUUUGCAUAAAUGAAGCCUUUUCAAGCACAAACAUGGCUAAAUGAACUAAAAUACAAAAAUGUAAGGCAUUCAAAAGAUGCAUUCAAAGAUGUUGUGCUAUGUAGUACUCUACACUGGUCACCAGGUGUCAGUAAUGUUACAUUGAUGAGACAAUAGCCACCAGGAAGUACUGUCCAGAACAGGAAGUCAAAAAAGACCAAGGAACUCUCCCAAUGCUUAUGUGUGAAUCUAUAGUAUGUCUUAUUUAUGUCUAAUGUGUCUUAUUGUCUCUUAUUAUAUUAUGAGUGUAAAUGUGACUAUAGGGGUGUUAUUUCAUGUCUAGAGGGCUCUAAUAAUGUUAAAAAGCAUAUUCAAAAGGCCGUAAACAGGUUUUCUAUGCUGUAACUCCCAAAAAAAAUGUUUUAUAAAUAAGGAAUCCUACCUCGCAGAUAUUCACUUAUCGCAGUUGCGUCUGGAACCAAUAAAUUGUGAUAAACGAGGGAUUACUGUACACCUUUACAUUAGACUAUACAAAUUGCACCUAAAGAGUUAUUAUUUUCCAGCACUGCCUUAACUCUCUUGGCAUGGAGUUUACUAGAGUAGAGCUUCACAGGUUGCCUGUCCUGUUUAAGUGCUGCAGCUCAGUCUUACAGCCUAUAACGUCUUCAUGUAGAGCAGCAAUCCUCAAAGAGUUCUUUGCCAUGAAGUGCCAUUUUGAACUUGGAGUGACCAGUAUGAGAGAGCAAUCACACCAAAUUUAACACACCUGCUCCAAUUUGGACAGACAUUCACGUUGGUGUUGGAGUCAUUUUGAGGGGACAUUCAAUUUUCAGUUAUCCGAGCUUCACACAGACUGCUACAUUGUAUCAGUGUCGUUUGUUUAGGGGUGUACCAUGAAGUGAUAUCAUGAAGUAUUUGCAGUUUAUUUGUGAGGGAUAACAGUAUGAGCGCACAGAGUGUGUCGUCCGCUACUAUAAAAACCUUGCUGACAUGUUGCACAUUGCUUAAAAUAUGUAUUACAUGUGUUUAUACACUACAGUAGGCACACUUGGAUUGUGUAGUUGUACCUGAGUGUUUAACUCACACAAGACAUUUGUUUGUAUUGCAGUGAAACAGCAUUGUACCGCACAUACCGCAAAUAAAACCUGGCAUUGUUUUUCAGCUUCAUUUAAAUUCAAAGCUAGACAGGUGCCACACCUGCAGUGUGUAUUCGUGCGUGUGCUGCAUGUUUAAUCCCGCCCAGGUUGAGGUUGAGCGACGUUGAGGUACGUUUUAUCGGCCGCCGCAAAGCCCGUGUUUGUGCAGCUGCCAUGUCACCGACAGGAAGAGCAGGAUUAGCAUUAGCGAUGGUACACUUUAAUACACACUAUUCCAUGUACUCUAGUCGGCUGACAGCCACAGUGUGUAUUGCUGCUUCAAUAAAACACACUAUUACAGUACUACAUGUACUGUAGGUGUAUUGCUGAUCUCAUUGGUGGCAGCAUUGGACAGAAGAA